AUGGCGUCGCUCGCGAUCGCGGUCGCGGUCGCGGACGUCCACCGCCGUCGCGCGUCCGCGGGCGCGGGGCCGUCGUCGUCUCGGUCGACGGCGACGAAGACGACGGGCGCGUCGUCUCCACUGGUUCCCAUACGACCGCGUUCGCGUGGUGAACGCCGUUCCUUAAGGACUUCGUCGUCGUCGUCGUCGACGUCCUCCACCUCCUCCUCCUCCUCCUCCUCCUCCGCGGUCGAGCGCGACACGCGCGCGUGGCUCGACGACAUCGUCGUCGGCCUCAACCUCUGCCCGUUCGCGCGCGCGGCGAUGCCCGGCACGUCCGUCGUCGUCGCGAACGCGCGCACGCUCGAUGCCCUCCGCGCAGAGAUCCGCGCGGAGCUCGACGUCCUCGCGGCGGCGCCGACCGCCGCCGCGGUCACGACGCUCGUCGUCCUGCCCCCGGACGCCCUGGAUGCGCUCGACGCGAAAUCGUUCGGCGCGUUCAUGGAGGGCGCGGUCGCGGUCGCGGAGGACGAGAGCCGAGCGCUGACGGCGAGACGCUGCGACGCGGCGACGCGAGACGCGCUGAGCGACGUCGACGCCGCGGACGACCUGUGGGAGAAGACCCACCCGGGCGACGACAUUCGACGACGCAACGCCGCCGCGUUGAGAGGCAUGGGCGAGCAGACCCUGCGCGCGAUGCUUCGCAAGUGCAUGACGCGCGGGUAG